AUGGCCUUGGCGGUGCUAUCGCCAAAGAGAACGGCAGACAGCCAGUACCCCAACCUCUUGAACGUUGUGGCCGGCAUUGUGUUCCUUGGUACUCCGCACCGCCUCGAAGGAGGCGAUGAGGAACUUGGUGAUCGAUUCACCCGCAUUCUAAAGCUUGAUACCAACAAUGGCACGGCAUUAAGUAGCAAAUCUCACGAUGUAGAGAUUUUGAGGGAACCGACGAACGACAACUCAUUGCUGAACCAGCCCCAUAUAUAUGCCAUGCAACAGGCUUCCAAAUCCGAAGUUUCCAGUCAGCCAGAUCCUAGGACGCUCUCUUGCGUUAAUACUAAAUCAAGGCCAGGACAUAAAUCUCACGUGGCUCUCCUUGAGUUCUUUUCUGUGGAACAACGUGACCCCAAAAUACCUUGUUUCAUGAUGGACACAUAUGUGAGGAACAAAGACUUCUACGGAAGACAAGAUGUUCUAAGCAAACUUGAUGAUUGCCUUCUCCCUUCAAAUGACACGCUGCCAUCUUCGCAGCCAGAUCAAAUACGCGUGGAAAUAUUAUGCGGCAUGCCUGGUUUAGGGAAGACAGAAAUCGCCAUGGAAUACGCGUUUACUCGCAAAAAGAACUUCGAUGCAGUUUUUUGGAUCCGAGCCGAUGAUAUGUCCAAACUUGAAUCGGACUUCGCCCAGAUCGCUAUCAAGUUAGAAAUUCAGGACCCUAGAGAGCCAGAUGACAAGAUCAACAAUAGAGCGCUUGCAAUUGAAUGGCUUCGCAACCCGUUCAAGACAGAGCGUACUACCGGGAACCAAUUGAGAGCUUCCUGGCUGGUUGUGUUUGACAAUGCCGACGAUCCUGACAUCCUGAAGCCAUAUCGUGAAAUUGCUAGUAGCGGAGCAGUCUUGAUCACUAGUCGCAGCCCCCUCGCGAGGACAGCCCUCUCGCCACAUGCGAUCUCUGUCGAUGUCCAGCCGUUUGAUCUAGAGGAUUCUGGAUUGUUUGUUCAAAAAUUUACGGGGAUCCAGGGCCGGCUUGAAGAAGCAAGGCAGGUCGGUGAUCUACUAGGUGGGCUGCCACUUACGCUCGCCCAGAUGGCUGGCAUAAUCAGGCUCGACUUUUUAACCUAUACUGAGUUUAUGAGACUUUACGAUGCUGGAGAAAUCCACAAGAUGGAGGUUCAACAACCACAGUUGCCAGCUCGUAGUAACGUGUCAACAGUCUUGGAGAAGCUGUCAGAUGCUGCCCGAGCAAUUUUGGAAAUCUCAUCGUUUCUGGAUCCAGACAGUAUCCAGGAGAGGAUCUUGAUGAAACAUACUACUAUUAUCGAUAUGCCCUCGUAUCCUGAGGAUGAUGCUGCCUUUUUCAAUGCUCGGAAGCAACUGAUCGGGUCUUCUAUUUUUCGUCAUAAUCAGGACACGGCUGAGUUUUGGAUGCAUCGUGUUACGCGAGAUGGUGUGCGUCUCCAAAUCGAACCCGAGCGGCAACGAAUGGUAUUUUUAAACGCGGUCACCAAGGUCGCAGCGGCCUGGCCGGUUGGAGAAGUUGAAAGUCAUGAUGUCAACCUAUGGGAGGAAUCUAAAGCACUCUACCCGCAUGUCAUCAGCCUGGAGAACGCAUAUAAGAAACACUUCAAGCAUCAAGAAUAUGUUGACAGUGACUUCGAGUUUGCUAGACUUCUCAAUCGCGCUGGAUGGUACCAACACGAACGCGGCGAAUCGCCUAUCAUAAAGCCUUUAUUGGAAUUGGCCCUAGAGCUUUGCAAUCGCAGCAAAGAAAUCGAUCACCAAGACUUGGAAUCCGACAUCCGACACACACUUGGUGCAGUCGCCAGCGGGACAAAUGACGCAGCCAGCAGCAUGGACCAUAAUAAAAAAGUCCUUGAGAUACGCUUAAAGAUAGCAGAGAAACUGGGAGCAGUGGACGAGAAACUCGCAAGCGCUUAUAACCAGAUGGGUAUAUCAUGGAUGAUGGCUGGCGAAUACACAAAGGGGGAAGAAUCUUUUGAGACGUCUGCACGGGAGUACGAGAAAAUCCCGGACUACAGCAAAGAAAAGCGUUCUUUGGCCCUUGACCGGUCGCUUCUCCACGCACUUGGAAACGUGCGGUUCUCUCAGGAAAGAAUCAAGGAGAGUGAAGAUUUCCAUCGACGGGCCCUUCAGCAAUACCAGUCAACCAUCCGCAACCGCCAUCAUCGAACUGCAGAUGUCUGCCACAAAAUGGCCCAGCAUUGCCUUCGCAACGGGCUUCUUGACGACGCCAUCGGAUUCAUCGAUCAGGCCCUCAAGAAUUGGAGCGUCGACUCAGCAACAUAUGCUCGGGAGAUAUCGCGGACUUCAUACCUCAAGUCUAAGGUGCUUUCAGAAGCUAAUCAGGAGGAUGAGGCAAGAAAAUUGCUACGGGAGGCGGCAUCCAUGCGGCACAAGAUCACGGGGGUGGAGAGAGACGGCAAGGACCUGCGGGAAGAAGACUUCGACGAACUUGUCACAUUCUGGUCUAGAUAG